UAUGCUUGUCAUUCCGUAGGUAUUAGGUCGCAGAAGAGUUGACUGUUGCCUCUGCUGCGUGCCGCCGUGCCCGUUAUACUAAUUGUCGAAUACAACACGGACAAUAUGAAUAUUGAAGCACCGCCUCUCUGGUCAAAUGGUCCUAAACCAGGACUAUUUUAUGAUUUUCCUGGACGUUCUGUCGGCCAAAGCUUGGUGAAUGAUCACGCAAAAACUCACACUAUGUAUCCUACAACAACUGGCACUUCAGUCAUUGGUAUUGUCUUUGAUGGAGGUGUGAUGAUAGCAGCUGACAAGCUUGGUUCAUAUGGCUCCUUGGCCCGCUUCCGAAAUGUGGAACGGAUCUUCAAGGCAACUGAUGAAGCUGUUCUUGCCUUUGGAGGUGACAUAGCAGACUACCAGUUCAUCAGAGAAGUCAUUGAACAGAAAGU